AUGGUCACGGUCUUCGCCCUCGGAUCCAACGGUUCAGGACAGCUCGGUAUUGGGCACUCAGAAGAUGUCUCGAUCCCGCGUAAUAUUCUCUGGGCCGACGAACCUUCACCAAAUUCGGUCUCUCGAAUUGCUGCUGGUGGGAACCAUUCUCUCCUAUUGAGCGGCGAUGGGGUACUGCACUGGAGCGGGGAUGCAACAUGUGGUGCGUGUGGCGUUCUGUCUGGUGACAAGCCGGCUGAGCCCAGCUUCACUAAGAUGAACGUCGAUGGACCAGUGCAGUUGAUUGCAGCCACAUGGGAAGCGUCCAUUUUCACUGUUCUUGACAGCAACGGCGAAAAUACAAAGGUGUUCACCUGCGGACUGGGAGAAAAAGGCGAGCUCGGUCAAGGCCCGCUCGUUGUUCGUGACCCGAAAGCAUCACAACUGAAAAAUUUCCCCCCACCUGGAACCGAAAUAGUCGAUCUUGCCGCUUGUAUGAGCCAUGUCGUGGUUGUCUUAAGUAAUGGCGAGGUAUAUGGAUGGGGCAACGGGCGGAAAGGCCAGCUGGGCAGUCCUGCGACAAUUGUUUUUGAACCGCGCAAGAUCGAAGGCAUCGACUUUGCCGUGAAGAGGGCCGUUUGUGGAAAAGAUUUCACAUGCUUUGUCGGGGAGAGCGGUAGCGGGAAAAUCUCGGUAAUCGGCCAGGAUAAGUGGGAAAUCAAAAGCAAGGCGCCUUCAGAAGCUCCUGCGUGGGUAGACAUUGGAGCAGGUUGGGGGAACAUAUGCAUCUUGAAAUCUGACGGGAAGAUAUUGGCCUGGGGUCGCGACGACUAUUCUCAGAGCACGCCACCGAACGACCAAAAAGCAUCAAAAAUUGCCGUUGGCAGCGAACAUGUCCUUGCACUGCUCGAAACGGGCGACGUCCUAGCAUGGGGAUGGGGCGAGCAUGGUAAUUGUGGUCCUCUCGUCAAACAGGAGGGAAGUAACACAAAGGGUCAACGAAGAGUCGUAGCUUCGUCCAAGUUUUUGCCGCCUGGAACACGUAUCUCGGAUGUCGGUGCAGGCUGCGCAACAAGUUGGAUCAUAAUAGAGAAUAACAGCGAAAGUGGUGCAUAG